GUCCGCCGCCACACCCGACCACACCCACAGACAAACAGGUUCCAAUGAAUAAAUAAAUAAUUUAAAGACAAUCGUUGUGCAAAUUCCUUUAUGUGCAAAUUAGCUUCUUUAAAGUGCUGUGUGCAUUAGUGCAAUGCGAAUGAGAGAAAGUGUCUCAGUGCAAAGAGCAAUGCUUUUCCCACGUGACGAACGGCCUGUGCGUCACAUGAGGGUUGUGCUGAUGGAGGGAACGUGGGUUUUUCUCAGUUCCUCUGAUAAAGGUAGAUGAAUGAUACUCAGUCGGAGGUGUUUCCGUGUGACGCUCAGUGCUGCUUUGUAGAGGAAACUGAGACGUUCGUUCACUCUGAAGAAGCAAACAUGACUCUUCCCAAACAGCUGGUUCUGAUUUUCAUGUUUUGUGUUUUUAGUUUGGAUGCGUGCCCAAAAGGUCACAAAACCGUCAAAAGCAAACGUGGAGGUACAUCUUGCGAGCCCUGCUCUGAAGGAACUUUCCAGCCAGAGGAAAGUGACUUGAAUUAUUGCGAACCAUGUAGACCGUGUGACGAGAAUGCUGGGAGCGAAACCAAACAGAGUUGCACCAGCGAGACAGACACAAUAUGCCAGUGUCGUGAAGGGUUUGUCGGAUAUGACAGCUAUAAUGACUUUUGUAAAUGUGACAUCGGGUCAGGACUGAGUCCAAAAGACCCAUCUCCACAACAACAAUGUUCAAAAUGUAAAGAAGGAUAUUUCACUACAGGGAUCGACCAACAAUGUAAGAAAUGGAAAACCUGUGAUUCAGGCGAGGUGAUAAAGAAUGGAACGGCCACCUCGGAUGUCACGUGCAGUGAUGAGCCGAAGAGCGACUCCAGCAUCACUACACCCGGCACAACAAAUCAAAGUACAAAUGUGACAAACCAUCGUCCACCUGAGGGGGCCCAAACUCCGAAUAAGCUCACUGCCCACACCACCACCGAUUCUCCACAGCGGCGCACUAAGAAAACCGGCGAGCAGCCAACCCGGCCCCCAAGCACAGGAAACCACAGUGGCUGGACCUUUCUAAUCUUGGGAAUUGCCGGACUUCUGGUUGUCCUGACUGCGGUCACCUGCGUGUUGCACCUCAUUCCCUGCUGCAAGAGGACAAAAACAGGGACCUUACAGACAAAAGAUUCAACAUGCCGGAGGCCUGUGGAGGAAAGUGGGGACGACAGCGAGUUGUCUCUCAAACAAAAUGCAGAAGAGCCCUGAGACGAGAACUUCACAAGCCCAUGCAGUGUGGGGAAUUUUUCAUAUAUGCAAGAUACAAGUCUUGUUGAAAUGAUCUGACAAAGUUUUCCUGAAUUCACAUUUCUUCUUGGUGUCAUAUGAGUAAUAUUGUAUUUGCGUUUACAGACAGGUGUCUCAUCUGCACUGGAUGUGAUUAAUAUCUGACUUUCAUUUAUUCUGUUGUAAAAGAAUCAUGGCUGAACCACCUGGAGAAGCUGAUAUCAUACCUCGCUGAUCAAACUGAGAAAUUUGUGUAGUAAAAUGUUUUUUUUUCCUAUUUCACCUGUUAAACACCUGUGAACUGAUAUUACCUCGUGGCUUAGAACAUGAACUUAUCUUUGCACAUUUUAUUGUCAACAUUUUUUGAUAUUCUUCUAGUUUUAUGUAUUUUUGGAGCCUGUGAAAAAUCUGAGAAAUAUACGUACUUACUGUAUUAUGAAAAAAAUGAUGCUGUUGUUUACAAAUUUAGAAUAGGUUUAGAGAAUUGCCAUCGACCCUAAAAAUACUUCUAUUUUUGUGCUGGUCUGUAUUUGCCUGUUUUGCUCGCAGACUUUGUUCCACUGGUAAAAGGUCUGUGCGACCGUCAACAUGCUUUCGGUGGUAAGUGGUGGUGGGGGAGUUCCCACACGGACUGAAAUGUGCCGCCUCUUCUGCCCACAGAAGAAAUACUGUCUCUCGUGUUUUUGACUGAGCCCUUUAGAGAGAGGGAUUUUGUAAAUGUGAGGACUUUCAUGCUGCUCAAGCUUCACCGGAGGAGUUCUGAGAGCAGUCGGCGUUUCAUCCCCAGCACUCCUCUCCAUUUCUGUUUCACUAGCGAACCAAAAUUACAUAAUGGAAAUUUGAAAUAUUUUCAACUGUUUUCAUAUCAAUAUAAUUUCAGCAUACUUUUCUAUUAAAAAAAAGAAUACAGAACUGUAAGUGCUUCAAGAAAGUUAAAAGACUAUAUAUGGAAUUGUUAAUAAAUGGGGCGUAUCAAAAAGACUGGCAGGUCAAGGUGAAGCCUUCUGUGUGACGAAAAUGAUGAGUUUGAAGAGCGGAAACAGUUCCUGCAGACGUAAAUGUCAGUCACCCAGGGAGGUGGUUUGUGGUUCAGAGAAUCACAUGGUAUGUGUACCAAACUGUUUCUAUGAAAGGCUGCGCCAAAAGCAAAUGAUCGGAAAUUUCCUUUGUUUUUUUGUCAUAUGUUUGUGCUUGUUUCUGUUUAUCUCAUAAACUUAAAGUUACUGAAAUUCUUUCUGGGUAUUUCUUCACUUUAGGUUACAACUAUGUUUACCCUCAUUUUAAAAUUAUUCUUUGAUGUGUGUAUGUAUGUGUUAUUUCGGUGGACUGAUUUUUGUAUGCACAGCAAGUUUAAAAUCCACUAUAAUUUCUUUUAAAUACAUUUUUGUUUUUUGGUCGCUGUAGGAAACCCGCAGUCAGCUUAGUGUGCAUGAACAUGUUAAAAGAGGGGAAUAAAAUAUCAGGAACAAAUGA